AAAUGUUCAACUCCAUGUAAGAAAGUCACAGACGACCGGAGUCCAAGGAAAACAACAUUUCGCUUGCAUUCUAGCCACUUUGAUUGCAUUCAUUGGGUUAUCAUUUGUUAUCGUUUGUCAGAACUAAACACAUCAUAUCGCGAAAAUGUUAUUUAUUAUUUUCCCUCUUGGAAUUAUUUUUUUCGGGUAUAUUAUUUUUCAAUUUAAAUAUUCCAAAUUAAAUAAGUUUGGCAAUCGUUUUCCGGGGCCACCGACUUUGCCAUUACUUGGCAACGCACAUUAUUUUAUUAACACUCCCGUGGAGGACAAUCUUAGACUCCUUGGUGAGUUUUUGAAGAAAUAUGGUUCAACCUAUCGCGUGUGGAUCGGUAAAGAUUUGAACAUCUUUUUUCAUGACACUGAGGAUUUAAAAGUUAUUAUGAGUGGCAGUAAAUUUAUAAAUAAGUCUUUACUUUAUGACUUAAUGAAGCCUUGGUUGAAUGAAGGACUACUUGUUAGCGAAGGAAAAAAGUGGUACUCGCGUAGAAAGGCAAUUACUCCAGCGUUUCACUUUACUAUUCUUGAAGAUUAUUUUGAAGUUUUUGAAAGACAAAGCAGAAUUUUGUGCGAUGUAUUGAAAAAUCUAAUGAGGCUGGAAUCUUUUGAAUUGUAUCAGGCAGUCAAUAGAUACACGAUGGAUGUUAUUUCUGAAAGUGCAAUGGGCGUAUCAGUAAAUGCUCAAACAAACACCGACUCGGAAUACGUGAAGGCUGUUAAAACAAUUUCAACAGUCCUGCAUAAGCGAAUGUUUGACAUAUUCUACCGUUUUGAUUUAACCUACUGGUUUACAAAACUUGCUCGUGAAGAAAAGAAAGCUUUAAAAAUUCUUCACGGCUUCACGGAAAAAAUCAUAAUUCAACGCCGUGAAGAAAUUCUUAGAGAAAAGGAGAAGAAAAUUCAAAAAGAGGCCAAUGAUGUGGGUGCUAAACGUAAAAUGGCCUUCCUCGAUAUUCUCUUGCAAUCGGAAAUUGAUGGAAAACCUCUUUCAAAUCUUGACAUUCGUGAAGAAGUUGAUACUUUUAUGUUCGAAGGGCACGAUACAACUUCAUCGGCAAUAACAUUUUUAUUUUAUAACAUCGCUCGAUACCCAGAGGCUCAAAAUAAAUGUUUCCAAGAAAUUGUGGAAAUAUUUGGAAAAGAUAAAAAUAAACCUGUCACAUUUGAAAAUCUUAACAAUCUUCAUUACACAGAGUUGUGCAUAAAAGAAACACUGAGGCUAUUUCCUUCUGUACCUUUGCUAGGUCGAAGAGUAACAAAAGAAUGCGAAAUCAAUGGGAAAAUUGUUCCGGCUGGUGCCAAUAUUGGUAUUUCACCACUUCAUUUGGGUCGCACAGAAGAAAUUUUCCCAAAUGCAAAUGAAUUCAUCCCGGAACGCUUUGAUGUUGUAACAAAUGCGGAGAAAAUGAAUCCCUAUGCUUACAUUCCAUUCUCCGCAGGACCAAGAAAUUGUAUUGGCCAAAAGUUUGCCAUGUUGGAAAUUAAGAGUGUCGUUACUAACGUCUUGAGAAAUUUUGAAAUUGAAUAUGUGAAAAGUUCUUCAGGAGAACCAUUGUUGGUUGGAGAAUUGAUACUACGAACUCGUGAUCCAUUAAUGUUUAAAUUAAAGCCAAGGAUUUAUAUUUGAAUAAUGAUUCUUGUUAAUGUUGUAUUAAUUUAGGGGCUAUGUCUAGGGAAAUGAAAUACUUGGGGCUACGGAUUGCCAUUUGAGUAUUAAACGUCAUAAAGUCCCUAGACAUUAAAUUAAGGCUGGGAUACAUUUGUAUAUAUUAAACAGAAAAUCUAAUAAAUUAACUAAACAAAAUAGAAGAAA